CAAAUCCUUACCAAGCACCAGGCACAACCGAAAACCUCUGUGUCCUUGCAAUGCUUAGUCCUUAUCCAACGCCUUCUAUCAGUGAUUUGGAUGACUUUCUUGCCCUCAAGCUGGAGAACGAGCAACUGGCGCGAAGAAUAGAGGACAUAAAGAGUGGUCACUUGAGCGAUGAAUCUUUUGGUGAAGAUUCGGAUGAAAAUCUUGAAAAUGGAGAAGGGCGUCAAGAUACCAUUGUGGACAAGUCCGAGAGAGCCCUUGCACAAGCCCAAGCCGUGUUGGGUGCUGCUACUGCUACAAAUAACCAACCGACCACCUCGUCUGCUUAUUCCUCUGGGGCACAAGGUGAAUUGGGUGCAGAUGGGCUUCCACCAAAGAAGAAGGUAAGCUCUACGGUCAACCUUGUCUUCAUAAAGCCUGACGUUCGUCUUAGCGACGGGUCACUGAUGCCCAACAAGGUAGAGUCUGCACUGCGUGCGGUCGAAACAAUUCUCCUGAAUGGAGAAAGGGUCCUCAAGGUCCUAAGACUCUCUGCAACGCUUGUGGCUUACGAUGGGCAAAGAAAUCGAAAGGUACACUAA